AUGGGGGAAACCAAUGAUGAGCUUGAGGCUAGAUAUGUGGCAAUCUAUAAGGAACUUUUGUUUGAAUUAGAUAAACUCUUCUUGCUUGAAAAUGGCAGUAUGAUGGACGCUGAAAUGGCAGAAAAGUCAAGAUUACGCUCCAUGCACCAGCUAAAUGUCUCAGAAACAGCAGCACUACUUAACAUGAAGGAUACAAACACUUCUAUAAAGUCUCAUACUGAUGAACUGCUGGUCAAUAAACUAAAGAGGGACCAAGAACUUCGAUCCAGCAUAGAAGGGCAUUUCUCAUUAAUUCAAGAAUGGUUGUAUGAAGCCAAGAAAACUCAAAGACUUCGAGAAAAAUUAGUGAACAUAUCGUCCUCGAUACCGGAACGAGAAGAAGAUUCCAUGGUAGAUCUCAAAGCCACCCAAACACUGGAAAUAUUGGAAUCUAUUUACAGUGUUCUAGUAGUCCAUGGCGGAUAUUUGGAUGUUGCAUUUAAUGAGGAAUAA